AGUGAUGAUGCGAGUUAGCUGCACCGUCGCGCAAGGUAGAGGCUGACUUCAUCUCUGUCGGGCUAUACAAAGUUUGAUUUCGCUCUGUGAACGAUUCAGUCGGCAAGAUCACCUGACAAGGAACAGUUACAGGGUGGAGCCACUAACCUUCAUCAACGAGGAGCAGGAGAGCCGGCGACGAGGAUUGUUAUGGCUGUGUAUACGGACUGUGAUGAUGCGGCUAACUCGCAGGACAAUACCGAUGCCUCCACGCUGUCCCAGUACGGUGACGGCGCGGUUCUCAACAUAUUGGACAGCACAUAUCUGUGUGCUGCAGAGACGGACGCUCCUAGACUGCUACAACCCACGAAAGCAGUGGUAUCGCUAAACGUAGGCAGCAUUGCGUCUGGUGUAGGCCAAGGCACCGUCUUGGGUUUGGGAAGUCUGGUGCAAGCAGGAAUUGAGCCAAAGACGGCGAUCACAUGCUCGCAGGAUAUCUCUGAAAGCUUUGUGAAUGGCCGGACGCUGAUGGCGCCCGCCCCUAGUCCGACGCCCGUGUGUGUCUCAGCUCUCCCAUCGUCGACCGGCUGCGGACUGUCUCUUCCAACUACCUGCGUUAGUGACGCUCUGCUGCGGGGAAACGACUAUGCAGAGCAGGCACCAAUCAUCCGCCACUACGCACCAACCCUCGCAUCACUUCAACAUUAUGAUGCCUUCAGGAUUUUCCCUGAUUUUCCCCCAUCACCAUCCAGGCCGGCACGUGAUCAGGCGCAGCUAGGCACCCUGCUCAUGCAGCGUUCACUCCACGCUUCCUUGGCUACGUCAUUGCAUUGCGAGCACACAGCGCAGCCCAUGGCAUUGGCCUCUGAUAUGCUGGUGAAUGAUCCGAGCUCACCGAAUCUAACUGAUUUCCCCGCAGAUCUGUGGAUGAGCGCAUUGAACGACAAUCUCGCUGGAUAUUCUUCAGAGUACGGACAACUCGCAGCCUGUUCAGCCUCGAUGAAUCUUCUCCAAGAACAGGACGCACACAGCAUUCGGCCUCGUUUCACGUGGUCGUCCAUGCCAGACGCAGAGGAAGCAUCAGCAGGAGCCACAGCACCCGGAUUAGCCCUUGGCCAAUCGGUGAACAACUUGUGGGCAUCAAGUCAUAACACUACCCAUGCAGAAUGGCCAGGCAUCGUGGCAAACAGCACUAGUAAUUGUGCUAAUAGCACGACUACUAACCAAGGGAGACAGUGCACCCCCGCCAGUGAAUGCUUGUCCGGCCCGGCGGAACCGACCGCGACGCCGCCGGUUGCACGACACGCGUCUUGCUCCAGCUGCUCGACUCUCCAAUCUGAAUCUCUAUCCUCGGCUCCUAGUCACAGUGAACUGAGUCUUGCAGCACGCUCACCACACGACCAAUGCCCAGAACCACAAGAUACCGACUCGGACAAUAGUAUACGCGAACACAGCACGAUCGACGCAACAGCAAGGGGACGCAAAAGAUGCAGAUCACCGGUGAAGAAGCCCCCAAGACGACGUCGACGCUCAACAUACCGCACGGAGAGGCUGCAGCGUGAGGCAGUGCGUCGCAACGAGAAGAUCUCGGCCGAGCUGCGCAGGGAGAAUGCAGAGCUGCGACGAGAAGAAAAGGCCUUGCGAGAGAAGGUGGAGCGGGCACGGGAGAAGAUCAUCCUUCACAUGGCCAAGGAAAGAGGCAUACCGUGUGACGUGGCUGAAGUACUUUGUCCUGCUACCGAUACUUGUGUAUCUCCAGGAAAAUAAUUUGCUAGUCUAAAGUAGGGUUAUUAGCUUAGGUAGGUAGGUACAUUUUUAUUUGAAUUCGCAGAACCAAACGGGCGGUGUCGCCCAUUUAUAUGGAAGCGAAUGGAAACAAUAAUAAUUAUUAUAAUUAUUGUAGGAAAUAGCCUAACAUGAUAGCACGGUGUAGUACAAAGCAAAGAACGCUCAGUCAAUGAAUAACGUUAACGUUAGAAUACCACACCGGAGAGGCGGUAAACAGCACACGACUGGUACAGUGGAGUACCGCAAACGUUCAAAGGUUCCUGUAGUGUUCAGUAGUGGGUGCUUCCUUUCUAGUUCUUGGUCAUGGACUUGAUGCGCUCUGUGAAUUAUGUUCAGCUGAACAGCUUGAGAUUCUGAGUUCGAUACAUACUUAUACUUAUGAGACGUUUUCUGUACGUGCCAGUUUCUUCCCACUUGGCCUAAAUCUAAUGCCAUCUGCUAUGAUGAUUAAAACUAAUAACGCUAUGGGUAGCUUGAACGUAGAGUCACUACUGUGCUAGAUGUAAAUUUUGGUUGGACUGUCAAUCAGUCUAAUACAACUAAGGCAGAGGAAUGCUCGCAGUGAUGAUGAAUUUCAAGUACUAGUAAUUGGUUAUGAAAUUGGCUAUCUGUUUGACCACAGUGAACGGUCAAUGUUCUUGUCUGGAUAUGCGGGCGAGGCACAAUAAAUGAUUGCAAAUACUU